AUGGAAGUAUAUAAAGUUAUGUUCACCGGCCUUGGAAAUAUGAAUUUAGAUGAACUGAAAUCCUUCAUUAUUAAAAAUGCUCCAGGAACAAAUGAAUUUUCCUUAAAAUCUUUAGAUAUCGAAUAUGGAAGUCGAGGAAUUCCGAUUGGAUACCUCACUUGCUCUUCAAAGGUUAACGCUGAAUUUAUUGCUACAAAAACAAAUAACAAAAACAUUGAGAAUUUGCAGAUUUCUUCCAAAGUUAUUUCAAAAACAAUUGAUUACGGAACAACAAUUCUGUUCAAUCAGUCAGCUGCACCACAACCAAGCAGUGCCCCAAGAAUACCAAGGCAUGAGCCAGUAAUACCAAACAAUUCAGCCAUUAGACCACCUUCAAUCCCAGGAAGUGUUCAAAAGCCAGCAAUACCGAAAUUACCUGCUCAAUUGUCUGUAAGACAUGCACCAGAUUCUCCUAAUGUCCAUAAUCAGCCUCCUCAAAGAGAAAUUGAACAAAAUGCUGAACCUGCCGAGAAGCCCCAAAUUGAGUUCGAGGAAAACUCAGAUGUUGUACAGUUACCAGAUAAUCCUAAUGACUCUGAUGCAAUUGAACCAGAACCAGCUCGUACAAGCUCAGAACCUAAACGCAAGCCACACCGCAGCCAUCAUCGCCACCACCGUCAUCGCCAUCAUCGUCAUUCAUACAGCUCUGAUUACGAAAGUUCUCCAGAUUCAUACUCUCAAUCUUCAAGCAGCAGCUCUGAUGACGGAAAAAGAAGACGCAGAUCACAUAAACAUUCUUCCCGCUCUAAGAAUUCAAAGGAUUCCAGCAAUUCGAACCAAAAUAAUUCUGAAUCCGACGAUUAG